CGCGUCGUCGACGGUGCCCGCGCUCGCCCGCGUCCGAAUGCGCGCGGCGGUGUACGACCACGCCGCGCCCGAGGGCGUGAAGGUCGUCCAGCGCGCGGCGCCGUCGUCGCCGCCGCCGCGCGGGAACGGGAACGAGGUCCUCGUCCGCGUCCGCGCGUGCGGCGUCAACCCCGUCGACGCGAAGGAGGUAGUGGGCGACAAGCUCCCGGGAUUCCUCCGGCCCAUCGCGCGACGGCUCGUCACGAACGGGAAGACGUGCGGGUUCGACCUCAGCGGCGUCGUCGAGAGCGCGCCCGCGGGGUCGACGUUCCGCCCAGGCGACGAGGUCUUCGGCGCGGUCCCGCCGCUGCGAGGGAGCUUCUGCGAGCUUGCGCGCGUGCCGUCGAAUCAGCUGUGUCGAAAGCCGAGCGCGCUGACGCACGCCGAGGCCGCCGCGCUCGUCCUUCCCGGUCUGACUGUCGUGCAGCUUCUCUCGCAGCACGGGUUCGAGCCCGGUCAGAGGGUGCUCGUGAUCGGCGCGAGCGGCGGCGUCGGGCACGUCGCGGUGAAGGUGCUGAGAGCGUUCGGCGCGGGGAGCGUGACGGGGAUCUGCGGCGAGCGAAACGUCGCCUUCGUGAGAAGCCUCGGCGCGGACGACGUCGUGGCGUACGACUCGAGGGAGAACCCUAACCCUAGUGGUGUUUACCCUAAAGGUGGUGGUUUAGGAUCGCGAGACGGCGACGGUCGCGACCGCGUGAUGGACGCGCUGGCGGCGAUCGUGGAAAAGAACGGCGCGCCUUUCGACGUCGUCGUCGACGCCGUCUCCAGCGGUGACGCCGUCGACGCGGCGCACGCGUACGAACGCCGCGUGUUAACGCACGACAACCCGCCGUUACUCGCGACCGGCGCGAACAGCGAUCCACACAACUACGUCACGAUCGGCGCGAAGUUUAGCGGGUGGGUCAAAGCCGGGUUGAAACGCGUCGCCGGGGUGAACGCCUUCCCGCCGCGACGCGAGUUGUUUUGGAUCACAUUUCCAAACUGCGCGAACGACCUCGAGACGUUGCGCGCGCUCGCGGACGAGAAGGGUCUCCGGCCGUCGAUCGAGACGGUCGUCCCGCUGACGGACGACGGCGUGCGAGAGGCGUUUCGGAGGCUGAAGAGCCGGCGGACGCGAGGGAAGAUAGCGAUCGAGGUGUAGAGGACGCGCGGGACGGGCGGCGGCGGCGGAUGGGUGGAGCGGAAGCUGAGGCGCGUUCUCUACAAAAAAUGUUCAUCGGGCAGUUGAAAGGAGACGCGAUCAAGUGUUG